CACUCGGCGCUCACUUCGCUCAGUGCUCGUCGUGCAGUCGUCGCGUCUUUAUCCCUUCCACGGUCGGUCGAGCGAAAAGUCACCCUCGGCUACCGGUCGCGCGCGCGUUACUGACCGCUACGAAGUUGUCUGCGCGAUUCGCGCGGGGCGACGAGCCGCCGCGAGGAAAGCGGAGCGAGCUGCGACCGCUCGGAUUUGAAUUUGUGACACUUGUUCUAUCGACGGAUCUCUUGGCGUGAAAUUCCGCACGGUGGUGAAAGUGAUUGCGACGAUUCUCCCGAACUCGGCGAGUCACGCGAAAACAAUGUUGGCCCGAAUGUUGUAGAGGUGGCCAACUCGCGCGCUCCGUAUUCGCAACAAGUUGCCAGGAGUGUGUACUUCUUUUCCCUACGAGGGAUUUAUUUCUCCGUCUCCGUGUUUCCUCUUGUUCCGCGAGUGUGUGCGUGGUUUCGUGUGUGUCCGUGAGGAUCGAGAGGAUUAAUACGGUGGCCGGACCUGUGAGAAGCUGAACCGAGGCACCGACGCGAUGGUAAUCGAAUCUUCAAACAUGGAACGUACUGUAGUGACGGGCGAUCGCAUUCAAAGGGAAUGUCGUGUGCUGUGAUUGUUAUCUCCAAGGAUCUCGUACACGGUUUGACGAGGAAAAAUCCGCGGACGAAUGAGAAGAAUUUGUGGAGGGAAAGUUCGACGAUGAGAGUUUGAGUCGCGGAAAGUGCUUCCGAGAGUGCCUGGUCUCCUGGUCCGCGCUUUUCGUCGACGACGAGGGGGCAGAAGACGACGGGGUGUUUGUAAAAAGGAAGCGAAGAGCGGGGCAAGUGUGUCGCUGACACGAGUUGACGCUGCGCGACGUGACGUGACGUGACGUGACGUGACGUGACGUCGGAGCGUCGAGAUGCUUCGAGAUGAGAUGGCCACUCCCCUUGGAUCCCUCACGCCCCUUCUCACGCUUCUACUCUACGCUUGCAGCAGCUGCCAUGCCAGGAUAACCAAUCAGGAAAUCGUGACAAUGACAGAUGCGGAAGCAGUGGCAGGCGGAAUUGCUCAGCUACCAUGCGACGUGAAACCACCGCUCUCAGGGGACAAGCUGCACCUAGUUAUUUGGUAUAAGGAAGAGGCAGAUGCACCGAUAUACAGCUACGACGCAAGAUCGAGGGACGGCCCGGAUCAAGGGAAUCACUGGCAGGAUCCCAGCCUAGAAGGGCGAGCGUUCUUUAAGCACUCCGAAACCCCCGCGAAACUCACUUUGGAAAAGGUUCGCGAGAGCGACGCAGCUGUUUACCGAUGCAGAGUCGACUUCAAGCAGUCGCCGACGCGCAACAGCAAAGUCAAUCUAACGGUCAUCAUACCGCCGGAGCAGCUUAGCAUAUUGGACGAAGACGGAAGGUCUCAUAUUCCCCAUUACAUCCUUGGCCCGUACAGCGAAGGAGCGUCUCUCAAUAUCACGUGUGUCGCCGCCGGUGGGCGACCGCAACCACGAGUGACAUGGUGGCAGGGGACUGCUCUACUGGACAACAGCUACGAGACCGUUGAUGCUAAAAGGGUCCGGAACGUGCUGCAAUUGGAAAAGUUAGGCCGCGAACAUUUGCGUGCGUUUCUGACCUGUCAAGCCACGAAUAACAAUAUGGUAGCACCGAUAUCAAGUUCGGUGUCACUCGAUAUGAAUUUGAAACCGCUCUGGGUCCGGAUUCAAGGAGAGAACCGUCCACUUAGCGCCGGCAAGACCUACGAGAUAGGUUGCGAGGUUGUCGGAGCCAGACCAAACCCGACGAUCAUAUGGUCCAAAGGGAACGUGAUACUGCGAAAUGCACGGGAGACGACGAGUCCCGACGGCAACGUAACAACCAGCAUCCUCACAUUCGUGCCGAGUAUCGAAGACGCCGGAAAGUUCCUCUACUGUCGCGCCAGCGUGCCAGAUAUUCCGGACUCGGAGAUGGAGGAAGGAUGGAAGCUCGAUAUACUCCACGAGCCUGUGGUUACCCUCGAGCUUGGCAGCAAUUUGAAUUCGAGCGCUAUUCGGGAGGGUAUCGACGUUUACUUCGAGUGCAACAUCAAGUCCAAUCCCUGGGUUUACAAGGUUUCCUGGCGCCAUAACGGCAAUCCGCUGUAUCACAACACAGCCACCGGAACGAUAAUAAGUAAUCAGAGCCUGGUACUGCAAAGUGUCACUCGCAGUAGAGCUGGGAUUUACACGUGCAUCGGCAAUAAUCAAGAGGGCGACGGCGAGAGCAAUCCACUGAACUUGGACAUAAAGUUCGUGCCGGUAUGUCAGCCUGGCCAGACGAAGGUAUUCGGCGUGGCGCGACAGGAGACCACGAGAAUCCCCUGCGAACUGGAGGCGAACCCGCCGGAAGUAUCGUUCACCUGGAAAUUCAAUAAUACAAUGGAAGCGGUGGACAUAGCUCAGGCGCACGUCACGAGUGACCGUACUCGCUCGACAGCCUCCUACACACCGAUGACCGAGCUGGACUAUGGCACUCUCCUUUGCUGGGGCAGCAAUGACCAGGGCACUCAGCUCGAGCCGUGCGUCUACCAUAUCGUGCCAGCUGGCCGCCCGGACACGCCGCACAACUGCUCCUUGUUAAAUCAAACCACCGACUCGAUCUACGUGGAAUGCAUAGAGGGCUUUGACGGCGGCCUGCCGCAAAAGUUCACCAUGCAGGUGGACCGUGAGCCCGGCAAGAACGGCGGCGGCGGCGGCGGCGGCGGCAGUGGCCCCACGACCGUCUACAACCAGACGAGCAAGGUGCCCGUUUUCUCCGUCAGCAAUCUGGAUCCUGGCAGCAACUACGAGGUUUCCAUUUACUCCACUAACGCCAAAGGUCGCAGCGAAACCGUGCAUUUUCGCGCCACCACCCUGAAUCUCCCUGAGAGGCGAACAGCAGGUGAAAAGCUGGCGCAACCACCCUCGCCGGAGAAUUGCACGAUCCGGGAGGAGAGUCGGACGACCGUGCGAGUGAGCUGUGCCGAGAGCGAGUACGUCGAUGCGAACACGGCCAUCUACGUACUCCAAGUCUUCGACGCCGACACCAGACAUCUGCUGGCGUCCGCAUCAAGUCUGACGCCGAGAAUGCUCGAGGUGACGAAUCUGCCGGCCGAUAGGAGCCAUUCCGGCCUCAUGCUGUCCCUCAGAAUCAUGACGGAGCAAGCCAUGAGCGACGCCACGGUCCUCUUCAGUCACUUUGUUCAGGAGGGUAAUACCAAUAAGGAGCACCAACGUUACCCAGCCCUCACGCCAGUUAUGCUGUCGCUAUCGGGUCCACUAUUGGGCGCCGUGGUGGGAGCCGCAGCGGGGUUGCUUCUGGUGAUCUUCGUGAUCGUGUUGGCUGUCAAGCUGCGCUAUCGACCCCGAUCUCAGGAGGACUCUCACGACGACGGCGGCAUGGCGAAUCUGGCGGCGUCGGGGACCGGCGCCUCGUCCCCGCAUGACAAAUCGUCGACCUUGCCCCUCAGUACCGAUAGCAUCGAGAGCUUCGAGAAGAAUCCCGAUAUAAUACCGCACGCGAACGAAAAUUCAUAUGCGGAACUAUGCAAAAGUGCAUCACCGCGAUAUGUACUGCAACAGCAACGUCCGGAAGUGAAUACUUUCGCACCAACGAACAACCACGGGUCCGAAUUAACAUACGUCGAAUUAGCACUAAGGGGAAACCGACGAAUACCUCCGAAUUGCUACCAGCCUGUGCAAAUCUCCAGCAUUCAACGGCCCCAGCUGCUGCCCAUGUCGACUUUGACGCGCAGACAGCCGAUCCAGGAGCCGACGAUUUACGCGCAAGUCGCCAGUCAUUCUAAACCGAUUUACGUGCCACCGCCACACCCGUACAUGAAUCGUUCAAGCGACGAAACUACGGCGGAGACACCAUUGAUCGGACACGACAAUAAGAUCACUACGAUCAGCCACUCGGGCAGCUCAAUCUGGCGCACCGACACGCCGCCUUCCUCGAACGCGCCAACGACAUGAUUCCAGCAAGCUGCGUCGUAAUUCACGAUUCCAUUUCGCUCCUAAACGUCUCUUAAUGUUCUCCUCCCCUCCCACCGUCGGAAAGAUAAAGAAAAUAAGAGUGCACAUCGAUCCACGUAUGUGUUAAGUGAGGCGUUUUUUGAAGGAGGCGCCGCGGCCCCUCCACCGAUAGAGAUUGUUAGACCUUUACUACGAGUGUUAUAAAUAGAGGAUUCGUUCGACGAUGAAAGUAAUUAAUGAAAUCGCGCGGAGUAUAUAUAUAUAAACAUAUAGAUUAUGCGCUUUACCGAAUGAUUUGUGAUAGUGGUUGGUGUUGGAGCCGGGGAAAGGAUCGAACUGUUUUUUCAGCCGUCCGUAAAAUUUGAGGCGGGGCGAACGCGCUAUUUUGAUCCCGUUCACUUCGUUCUGUCCGACCGAUCGAGAAUUCGUUGUUCGAUGAAUGUUAUCGGAGAGCCUGGCAAUAAUUACGUGUAAAAAAAGCGCGCCGCUGUUCCGGCGCGGGAAAAACGCGGUGUGAGUUCCUCUACUACUUUUAAUUCAUACCUACAACAUCCGUGAAUAUUUCUUAUUUGAUUUUUCGUGUAGAAAACUUCAACUCUAGCUCGAUCAAAAAGUUUACAAUUUAAUGAAGAUCCGGACAUCCUUUACAAUAAAAAGAAAUCGUAUCAAUUUGCUUUCUUGUCAUUUCUCUGAAUAUUAAUACAGAAUUUAAUUCCAAUGCUUUUCGCAACUAUACUUUCUAAAUAAUUUCGUAGAAUUAAAAAUCAUAUAAAAUCACUCUAAUUCACUCUAUAGAGUAGAUUUCGAUUCUAGAGUGGUAAAUCGUUUGAGAAAUUGCACAAUCUCAAUUUUCGAUCCUUUAGAAUAACGUUUUGCUCUAUAAGAGUAAAAAUUGAGCUUAUACAUUUUCUCUGAAAUUUAGAGAAUAAACCUUUAAUUAAGGGUUUAUCCUACUGUGGUAGAAAAAAACUAUUUUCGUGAAUUUUUUCACGAAAAUUAAUAAUUACAUAAACUAUUAUUGUUGUAUAUUAAAAGUAUAUACAAUGAAUAUAUGAAUGUUGAAAAAGUUAUUUAAAAAAUUAUUAAAAAUAUCAUUGUUUAUGACUUUAAUGUUUAAUGAAGUGCUCUUCCAAAAAAAAUCACUCAAGGAUGCUCGCGCUGUAUCUGCACAGGAUCUUUGAAAUUAAAAAUUCUUUUUUCAUUUUAAAGUACAUGAGCGUAGUUUCAAUUAAACGUAAGGAUUUUUUGAAAUGUUAAUUUUUUACAAAGUGCCGCUAUUUGGAAAAAAAGAAAUCCGUUAAUUUUAUUAAAAAAUGUCGUUGCUUUUUAGAUUUUUUUUUUUAUAAAUAAUCCAAGUAAAAAAAUUCUAUGUUUAACUGAAAACAAUUUUGUUGUGAGCGUUCUGUCCAAAAAUGAAGCCAUGCGUAUAAAAAUUGGCCGAAAUAUGAGAGCGCCUAUCUACAAAAAGUGUAGUUUCGAAAAAAAGCUAUUAAAGAUAUUAAAUUACGUAUUUAUUAUAUUUCCGAUGCUAAUCUGAACAUUUCAAUAUUUUAGGGGUAUAUUUUUAAGAUUUUUCAAGCAGUACAAAAAAUGGCAAAAAACAUCGAUUUUUUUUUUAAACUCAUGGAAUCACAGUAGGAUGACUCCGUAAAAAAUUACAACAUUAAUUUUUAAUAUUAAUCGAUAUUGAAAAUAAUUUUAAUGCCAACAUUUCUCCAAAAUUCCAAAAAAGAGGAAUUGAAUUCUGGUUGUUGGAAAUAUUUGAUACAUUGAUUUUGACGAGUGCUCGUAGGUACGAGUUAAAAAUCGAAAUAGCACUUCGCCCGCCUUGGCGUGUAAAUCAAACAACGCCGGUGGAAAUAGAUUGCGAACGCAACGAUUUAGUGUGAUUGGUAGGAUAAAGUUAGUCGCGCAAAAUUGUUUUGAUCAUAUAACCCAGCGUCUUCUUGUAUCCUCCCGUACAAAUUUUCGUUCAAUAUUCCUUUACGAGACUUCAUUUAUACAUAUGCUAUUAAAAUUCUAAUUAUUAAAACUUUAGGUGUCGUAAUCAUCAUUACAUUAUCAUUGACUACAAUACUUCCAAUUAAGCAAUUUACAGAUUUUUAAGAAAUAUUUAUAUAAUCCUAUUUUUUAUUUUUGAAAAUAUUAAAGUAUAUUACGAAAUAAAAAUCAAACAAUUACACUGCCCUGAAAUUUAAUUAUGACAAUUUUCAAAACUGAUUAUUAAUAUUAAAAAUAUGAGCGUGUAAAAGAUAGAUGGAUUAGAUGAAAAAGAAUUAAAAUUUAUUACGAAUUUCAAACGUAAAAAUAAAAAAUUGUUUUUACGAUAAUGUUUUUGUAUAUAUAAUAUAUUUUAUAUUUCGUUUAUUUAUUUCACAUUCCUACGAAAAAAAAUAACAAUUAGAAAUUAUAAAAUAAAUCCUUAAUUGAAAAUUAAACUGCUUUAAAAUCAAUUUUUAUCAGUUUCAUGUGGUAAUAUUUGCAUAAAGUCAAAAUAAAAUUGAAGCCCAAAUCACAAAUUCUAAAAUUGUCGAACUUUGGAAAUAAAACGUUAACAUUAUGACGGAUUUGAAUUUCCUUCCAUUUUUAAUCCAUCUAUUUUUACAAAGUACUACAUACGUUUUUAAAGAGGUAGCAAUGAAAUACGUUGAGAUACAGGCUUUAACAUUAUGACAACGGAAGGAACGUCUUCUUUUCUUUUCAGUUUUGUAGUUACCCGCUAGCUAUGUAGUAUCCAUUUAGCGUAGGCCGUUUUAUUCAGAACGAGCAUUAUAGACUUGCCGAUAGAACAGAAUAGAAAUUCGAAGAAGGCGAAUGAAACGAGGAAGCGCGAUUCCGAGGUUCGCGAUCGAUCAUCGACGCAACGAAUCCUUGCGAGCUUCUCGUCAGAAUAAAAGACUUAAAAAGUCGGACAAAACGCUACGACGAUCUUGUCCGAUAAUGAUGAUGAUGAUGAUGAUGAUGAUAAUGAUGAUGAUGAUCAUCAUCGUAAAGAAUCCUCGCGAUAGCUUCACACACGACACUUUGAGAAGACUGAGCGCAGGAUUUAUAAUAAGCAAAGGUGCCAUGUAACAGAGACGGGCUUGUUUUUUAUUUACGUUAACUCGAUCGAAUAAAUCAAGCUCACGAUUUUUAUGAAAAUUGUACUGCUAAGCUUGUGUUCAAGAUUGCUGUACGUUAGCGUUGUUGAGAAUUGACAAUUUUCUAAUGAUGAAGAAAUGAUUUUAUGCCUUGUUGGAUGAUACAUUUGAAUGGAAAGCGAGUUUUCGUGCAUAAGCAUAGAAAUAACUCAGAUAUUCCGUUUUAAUGUUUCACCCUGUUUAUGAAAGAAAGUAACAAUUGUGUUCGAAACAAUAAAGAGAGUAGAGUUUUCUCUUGCAAACUGUUUUAUUGAUAUUAAUUAAGAGUUUAUGAAAUAUGAGCUUUAUAGUUGAUUAAAGCAAUAUUUAACAAUUAAAAUAAUCAUACUAACGUUAUUGGAUUUAAUUGAGAAUAAAAUAAUGAUUUUGCAUGAUUAACUGUUAGAAUUUGACGAUUGAAUAGUAAUACCUCAUCUAUUCAUUAGAUUGUUCUAAGAAUUUAGAUGAAAUUCAUGAAAUCAUAAAUUGAUUGAGAAUGUAAUAUCGCGCCCGUCUCUGACAUAUGAGUUUACAAUGGGAGUGAUGUAAAAGAAGCAUUUUAAAGAAAAGAAAUUAAAAUUAUUACCUUCACUCAACUAAUUUGUUAGCAAGAGAGUGUUAAGAUAAGGAUAGUUUACAUCACUCUCAUUCUGAUUGACUCAUAAGAUCGUAGCGCGAAAGCAACUGUUGUUCGAACGAAUUCGAUAUUGUUGUUGUAUAGUGUAAUCACCAUGACUCGUCUCAUCGAAGGUGAGACGUGGCUAAAAGCCGGCGUCGAUUGUAAUAAAGAGCAACGUGUUCGCAUUAAUUAACUACUCGUAUCCUUUUUCUUUACUUUAAGGAUAACAAUUUAACAAUGUUCGCAAGUUUAGUAGCCGAUUGAUAUUUACCUCCAUUAAAAAAAAAUGAAGAGUGCCGAAUAAUGCAGACGUUGCAGAAACUUGUAAAAAGAAACUACGUUAAGCUUUCAAACAUCAUUUGUAAGUUAUCUUGAUCUUCUUUAUAUGUUGUCCUACAAACUGCAGACAGCACUAAUCUGCAUACAAUUUUUAUAAAGUUCUUAUACUAUUUCUUAUACUAUUUUUUUUUUUUUAAUCAGGAAAAACGCAGAGACUCUGUUUGCAUUUAAACUUUAAUCUUUGUCUUUGAGAACCACUUUUUCCGAAAUAGUAAGUAAUAUAAUGCACUAUCGAUUAACAGAUUCCGCUGUAUUCGCUCAAUGUCUCAAACUAUACGAUGUAGAUAUUAGAGGAAUCAGAGAUCUCACAUUCACCAGAAUGCAGCAUUUAAGAGUAAAUGAUGCGUUUACGCGCGCGCGUAGAAAAUCAAUUCUUGCCUCCCCAUUAGCGAUAGGCCAAUACUUGACGUCACAAUUAUGAAAGAACGAGAGUACAUAAAGUGUAGAGGUUUUUCAGAGAUGGAAAGUAAUGCGUUAUAAAUAACUGUUAAUUUAAUUUUUUUUUAAUAACGGUUUAGUAAUGACGUUACAAUUUUUCAUAACGAUAACGCUAAGGUUGUAAUAGAGUCACUUUUGAUAAAUAACUCUUUACCAUUACGCAUUACUUAUUGAAGAAAGUAACUCGUUAGUUGACUCGUUACAUGAUGAUCAAAAGUAACACAUUAGUAAUUCGUUAAGUACUUUGACUCAUUACGUAACGAGUAAAGUUACAAGUUUCUAUUUUUCAAUAAAUACGCGUAAUGGUAACGAGUUGUCCAAAGUGAUUAUUCCAAUUCUGAUUUUGCCAUUAUUGUUAUGGAAAAUUAUAUCAUCAUUACCAAAUCGUUAUUAUAAAAAAGUAACGGUAACGGCGUUAUUUGUAACUCGUUACAUCGGUCUUUCUCUGGAUAUUUUUUAUAAUAUUGUAUAUUUAUUUGUAGUUUUUUCAUACUCUUUCGAUCGUACGUUUAGCAUCAGACAUAGCAAUCUAGUUUUAAGUUGUACGAAGAAAGUAAUCUAUAUAUAUUACAUAAAAGUAAAAAAAAUGUUUAAAAUGCGACAGAAACCACGGUGACGAAUAAGCGAACGAAAAUGUGAAAUAUCGAUGUGUUCUGACGUAUGCGAGCUUUCUGGUUCACUUUAAACGAUGAGAUUAUUGUCCCCUUUGAUAAAAAUCAACGAUUAAAUAUGUUCGAACGACUCGACGAAAGUCGGAGUGCUCUAUUUGUAAUCUAAAUUUUAAAAUACUUCGUAAAGUAAUAAUAGCGAGGGAAGUUCGCGAUUCUCGCGUACG